CCGGGAAGAGCCAAGACCGUCGCGGUGAGGAUGGCAGAGAAAAUCCUUGUGACGGGUGGAGCUGGGUACAUCGGCAGCCACUGCGUGCUGGAGCUGGUGGAAGCCGGCUAUAUCCCUGUGGUGAUCGAUAACUUCCACAAUGCCAUCCGAGGGGGAGAUACUCUUCCCGAAAGCCUGCAGCGUGUGCAGGAGAUUGUGGGCAAGAAGAUUCUUUUCCAGGAGCUGGAUAUCCUUGAUGAGGCAGCUCUGCGGGAGCUCUUUCAGAAGCACCGUUUUUCAGCUGUGAUGCACUUUGCGGGGCUGAAGGCCGUUGGGGAGUCCGUUCAGAAACCCCUGGAGUAUUACAAGGUGAACCUCACGGGGACCAUUCGACUGCUGGAGACAAUGAAAGCACACGGGGUGAGGGACAUUGUGUUCAGCAGCUCGGCCACAGUGUACGGAGACCCUGCCUACCUCCCGCUGGACGAGAACCACCCGGUAGGGGGCUGCACCAACCCCUACGGCAAAUCCAAGUACUUCAUUGAGGAGAUGAUCCGAGACCUGUGCAAGGCCGAGAAGGACUGGAAUGCCAUUCUCCUCCGGUAUUUCAAUCCCAUCGGAGCCCAUGAAUCAGGAAGAAUCGGAGAAGAUCCCCAGGGAAUCCCCAACAAUCUGAUGCCCUACGUUGCUCAAGUGGCAGUGGGGCGCCGGGAGUACCUGAGCGUGUUUGGGGACGAUUAUAAGACAGCUGACGGAACAGGUGUCAGGGAUUAUAUUCAUGUCGUGGAUCUAGCCAAAGGCCACAUCGCUGCUCUGAAGAAACUGAAAGAAAACUGUGGCUGCAAGAUCUACAACCUGGGCACAGGCAGUGGUUACUCUGUCCUGCAAAUGAUCAAAGCCAUGGAGAAAGCAUCAGGAAGAGAGAUAAAGUACAAGAUCACUGCACGGCGGGAGGGGGACAUCGCCGCCUGCUACGCUGACCCCGCCCUGGCCGAGCAGGAGCUGGGCUGGAAAGCUGCCUUCGGGCUGGACAAGAUGUGUGAAGAUUUGUGGCGGUGGCAGGUGCAGAAUCCCACAGGCUUCAGCAACAACUAG